CGGGUCAAACCUGAAAGUGACGGACAGUUUCUGAGACGUUGAAAAUGUAAGAAUUAUGCUAAAGGAGAGUCAAGGGACAAAGGAUCCGCACAGUGCUCCAGAAUGGCUCAGCAGCAAAACAAUGAAGAAGGGACAGCAAUUAUUCGUAUGCACAAAUCUGAGUCGAGAGGUUCAAUGAUCUCUGCAUCUUUUAAUUUCAUCAACUCCAUUAUAGGAUCUGGAAUAAUAGGUUUACCAUACGCAUUGAACCAGGCGGGGCUUCCUUUAGGGCUGCUUCUUUUGAUUUUAGUUGGAUUCAUCACAGACUACUCAAUUGUUCUACUAAUUAAAGGAGGAAACCUCUCAGGAUCAAACAGUUAUCAGUCAGUGGUACAAAGCACAUUUGGUUUUCCUGGAUUUUUGAUUUUAUCUGCUCUACAGUUUCUUUAUCCUUUCAUAGCCAUGAUCAGCUAUAACAUCACAACUGGUGACACACUGACCAAAGUGUUUCAGAGAAUCCCAGGAGUUGGUCCAGACCACAUCCUUGCAGAGCGGCACUUUGUGAUCUUGCUGUCUACCUUUAUGUUCACUCUGCCGCUCUCAUUUUAUCGAAACAUCGAGAGACUUGGGAAGGUGUCCUUCCUGUCAAUGGUGCUAACGCUUACCAUCCUCAUCAUCGUCACGAUCCGGGCAGCUACCCUUGGACCGCAGAUUGUCCCUACAGAGAACGCGUGGGCAUUUGCAAAGUGGAAAGCCAUUCAAGCAGUUGGUGUAAUGUCUUUUGCCUUUAUUUGCCACCACAACAGCUUUCUGAUCUACAACUCUCUGGAGCAGCCCACUUUAUCCAACUGGUCUCAGGUCACCCACAUCUCUGUGGGCUCUGCUUUGAUAAUCAGCGUUGUGUUUGCUGUUGCAGGCUACACAACAUUCACUGGCUACACACAAGGAGACAUAUUUGAGAACUACUGCAGAAAUGAUAACCUGGUAACAUUGGGUCGGUUCUGCUUUGGCCUCAGCAUAAUUACAACCUUUCCACUUGAAUGUUUUGUUACCCGAGAGGUGGUAUCCAACGUCAUAUGCAGUCGUCCUCUUUCCAAACCUGAACAUGUAGCCAUAACUCUGCUUAUAGUGGCAGUCUGCACAGCAUUAUCUCUGGCUUAUGACUGCUUGGGAGUUGUUUUAGAGCUAAACGGAGUGCUGAGCGCCACACCUCUGAUCUUCAUCAUCCCAUCCGCGUGCUACCUCAAGCUCUGCCCCGGCCAAUGGUUCCAGGGUGAAAAGUUGAUCCCCACCAUGCUGAUAAUAAUUGGCUUGUUUGUCAUGAUCACUGGCCUGAUCAUGACUGGUGUGUUCCCUCAAGACUGUUCGCACGGUGUGGAGAUGUUCUACUGUGCGGAUGCCAACAUCUCUGGCACUUUGCCACCUGAAUGACAGAAACCUACCUCAGAUAUUCAUUUGUCUUAAAGAAACACUGACCAUAUUGAGACAAAUGGCAACUGUAUCUCUUACUGUAUACACAUAUCGUUAUUCUGACCUCUGUGAAGUUUGCCAGGAUAUGCUCUGUGGAUACUGGUUGCUUUGUAUUUCUUAUAAUUCUUCUGAUUUAUCUUAAGGCUCAUUAUACAUGAGUAUACUCUCAUGUAUAAUGAGAUAGUCAUGUUUUAAUUUACUGUCUGUUAUUCUGAUGUGCUGAUUUACAGACCUUGUACUUAACAAAGAAGUAUUAACUUUUUCUUUAAAUUUGUUUUUAUUAAUAGCAUGUUUUAUAUGUAACACUAUGGAUUAAACAAAUAAUUGUUGAGCAACUA